UACCGGCAUCGCACAAUUCUGCUUGGUAGCAUUCUGCUUGCUUCUCGCUGUCUUGGUCGGCGUUCUGGUGGCCGUCUCCCUGAACUCUUCUUUCCGUGAGGAAGAAGUUGACGAUACUGAGGAAGCCAUCUAUGGCGCCAGCGACGGUGGCAGCGGCAGCCGAACUGGUGCGAGCGGAGGAACAGGUCCAGUAGGUCCUGUAGUACCGGCCACCCCUGGAAUGCCCGUAACCCCUGGAGCACCGACACAACCGAUAACCACCCCGCCUCCGACCACCAGUCGAAUGUUAACAAGCAAACCUUCAAGCCCGCCUACCAUGCCGACUACAACAUCUACUCAAAAAAUUACGACAACAACAUCUACUCCAAAAGUUACGACAACAACAUCUACUCCAAGAAUUACGACUACGUCAAUACCAACAACGACAGUGGAUCCCAAUACUAAGAGGCCACUGCCGCUCGACGCACUGAUUUGCACACUAGAAUCCCCAUUCCGAAGAGAUCUUUUGGGAGUCCCGCCGGACGGGCUUUGCACGAUUGUGGUGGCCUACCCGUUCUACGAACCUUUUGACUUGGAACUCUUCCCAACAAAGUAUUACUCGUUCAGGCAUUUUGACGUCAUCGUGGAGAACGCCGGAAAGCAGAACAAGACGGAGUUUGGAAUCGGCAUCACUUACAAGUUUUGUAAGAGCGUUGCCAACAUGACAGAACUUGCCAACAAUCCCAUGACCAAGACAACAUUGGACUAUUUGUGGACCAAGCGGUUUUACCACUACGGACAAGUUAACCCUCCUCUCGCAAAUUAUGGCGGAACCAUAGAAGAUGUAAACGUCAACUGUGCCAAAGGACUACAGGUUAUUCUUCUGAAAACUUAA